UCUAAUAAAAAUUAUGAAAUGGGAAUAGAAUGGCAAACAAGCCCUAAAGAGUAAGGAGAAAGGGAAGAAAACCACAUGGAAGAGUCGAGGAGCCUCUUCUUUACUUGUUGAUCACUGAGAAAGAAAAAACUGUUUGAAGGAUAACAUUCUUGAGUCCUCACUCCAAAGACCUAUACACAGAGAACAAGACUCCCUCUCUCUCUCUCUCUCUUUCUCCCUCCAUAUUUGCAAAAGUCCACCAUGGUCACAGCUCAAUUUUCUAAUUUCUCUUGAUUUCUCUCUCUAAGAAACUACCUUGGAAAUCAAAGGAAAAUGUGCAUGGGCUUUUCUUUCUCAAGCUAAUUCCACCAUUUUCCUUUGAAAUAACCUGGAAAAUGGAAGGAAAAGGAUCGUGGGUUUUCCAUUCUGAAUCUAAUUUCACCUUUUUCAUUUGGAAACCACAUGGGAUUUGAAAGAAAAUGCUUGUGGGUUUUUCAUUCUCAUGCUAAUUUCACUUGUUUUCCUUUGGAGUAAUGUGUGAAAUGAAAGGAAACUUUUCAUGGAUCUUUCAUUCUCAGGCAAUAAAAUUGAAACAUCCAAUUCCUACCUGCACUCUCAACCAACUAAACCAAAUCCAUGCCCACCUCCUUAAGACCCACAAACCACCGUUGAUCUUUAACACUCUCCUUCCAUCACUCUCCCCUCAGGAUGCCCUCCUCCUCUACAACCAGAUGGUGCUCCACCGUACAUCCCACAACCACUUUACCUUCACCCAUGCCCUCAUUGCUUCCUCCUCACUUCAUGCACUCCACAAGACACUUGAAAUUCAUGCACGUGCCAUAAAAUCUGGACACUAUUCUGAUAUUUUCAUUCAGAAUACCCUACUUCAUUCAUAUGUAGUUGAAAAUAACUUUGUUUUUGCUAAGAGCGUUUUCAAAUCAAUCUCCUCUCCCGAUGUGGUUUCUUGGACUUCAAUCAUUUCUGGGCUUUCUAAGUGUGGUUUUGACGAGGAAGCCAUUGGUGAGUUUUUGUCCAUGGAUGUGAAGCCUAAUACUAGCACACUUGUUAGUGUCGUAUCUGCUUGUUGUGGUUUGAGAGCUGUUAGGUUUGGUAAAGCUAUUCAUGGGUAUAGUUUGAGGAGCAUGGAUGGGGAUAACAUCAUUUUGGAUAAUGCAUUGCUGGAUUUCUAUGUCAAGUGUGGGUAUUUGGUGAGUGCAAAGUACUUGUUUAUGAAAAUGUUUAGGAGGGAUGUGAUUUCUUGGACUACAAUGGUUGGUGGUCUGGCACAAGGUGGGUUAUGUGAAGAGGCGGUUGAGGUUUUUCAAGCCAUGGUAAAAGGUGGAGAAGCUGUGCCUAAUGAGGUCACUCUAGUCAAUGUAUUGACAGCAUGUUCUUCCCUUAGUGCAUUGAAUUUGGGUCGAUGGGUGCACUCAUAUAUUAGUACUAGGUAUGAUCUUGUGGUGGAUGGUAAUGUGGGAAAUGCUUUAAUCAAUAUGUAUGCUAAAUGCAGUGACAUGUAUAUGGCUGUUAGGGUGUUCAAUGAGCUUACCCACAAAGAUAUGAUAUCAUGGAGUACCAUCAUUGGUGGCAUGGCCAUGAACGGGCAUGGUAUGCAUGCUUUGCAGUUCUUCUCGCUUAUGUUGGUUCAUGGGGUUUCUCCGGAUGAUGUAACCUUUAUCGGCUUGUUAUCUGCAUGCAGCCAUGCUGGGCUUGUUGAACAAGGGUUAAUUUUCUUUAAAGCCAUGAACAAUGUUUAUGGUAUUGCACCUCAAAUGCAGCAUUAUGCUUGCAUGGUUGAUAUGUAUGGUAGAGCAGGGCUCUUGGAGGAAGCAGAGGCUUUUAUUAGAGGAAUGCCCAUGGAAGCUGAGGGCCCCAUUUGGGGAGCACUACUCAAUGCUUGCAAGAUUCAUGGGAAUGAAAAGAUGUUUGGGCGGAUCGACCAAAGCCUUCGUAAUGCUAAAGGAGUAAGCAUUGGAACUCUUGCUUUACUAUCAAAUACUUAUGCUAGUUCUAAUAGAUGGGAUGAUGCUAAUAAGGUUCGUGAUAUGAUGAGAGACAUGGGAUUGAAAAAGAUGUCAGGAUGUAGCUGGAUUGAGGUUGAUGCAAUGAUUAAUAGAUAUGAUGGAGCCAAUAGAAGCUUUGCAUUUGCUGGCAAGUAGUAGACUUCUUUAUCAUUAUUGGUUAACUGGUGACCUGAUCAAAUAUAAGUCAGUUGUUAUCUCAUGGCCAUUUUGGUUAUAAGAAAUAUAUCACCACAAAAUGGUAGUUGAAUCUCCCUGUUUUAGUAUGGUUUUUCUUACUCCAGUGGUAGGCCAUUUUGCACAAAGAGGGUUUUUUGAAGGUGCAGCUGAGGUCUUUUCAGGAGAUGAUUCAAGGAAGAGAUGAAAAGCCUAAUGAGGUCUCUCUAAUCAAUGUAUUGAUGGCAAGUCCUAUGCUUUUGGUGCCUUAGGCCAGAGGGGAAAUUCAUACAUCCAGCAACAUGAGCUCAUAGUGGACUUGAUGAUAUGAAAACAAUUCAACCAAAAUUUAAGCUGUGUGGUGACAAGGUCAUGGUUUUUUAGGAUUUUAAUAUGCUUACAUGCAACAAUAUAGUGGGCCAGAAAUGAAUGACUAUGGCAUGCAUGUUGUCAACCUUUUCUUACUCUUAUUAGGUCAAGAGUUCUCCCUGAUAUUGCAACAUUCAUUGGUUUGUUUUCUGCAUCCAGUCACAAAGAGCUGGUUGAACAAGGAUUUGUGUUCCUUGGAGCCACAAAUGAUGAUGGAAUCAUGCCCAAAAUUCAGCAUUAUGCUUGUGUGGUUGAUAUUUAUGGUCAAGCAGGACUUUGUUAACACUUUUGAUUUCAAAAUAAGGCAUAACAUGGAAAAUGGUUCUCCACUUAAUUGCAGAUUGUUGACAAUUAUAAUACGAAAACAAAGAGAGACAUCCCCUUACAACUGGUUUGAGCCCUAGAAAAGAGAGACUGCUUCCUCCUUUGAUUAUUGCCCAACAGUAGUUCAAUCAGGUGAGUUUCAUCACAUUUUUUUUUCUUGUGAAUUAAAGUAAUUUCAGUUGAUUUGGGUGUUUUUGUGAUAUAUUUUGCUUUAUUCUUCCUAUAAUACUUGAAGCCCAAAUCCAUAUAUUUACUUACAUACUGAACUACUACUUGAAUUAUCCUCAUACCUUCAUGCUGAAUUACCAUCUCCACUGCCAUUAAAGCAAGCAAACAGUUACCUGCCUAAUCUCUUCAAAGCCCCAACCACCAUUCUUGAAUCUCUACAAAAUGGUCAACUGCCCAUGGUACAGAUUACAUCCCCAUCUUUUUUCUUUUUGAUAACUAAAAAAAGAGAAUAUAUUAAAAGCAUUUAUAAAAUGGCGCAAAUAGAGUACACAUGGAGUAUACAAAACAGGUCAAAGGACAAGCAAAAAGAAGAAAAGGAAAAGAGAGAGCAAACACCAACCACCCAUAGUUGUGAAAGGCGUGCCUAGGCUUCAGGUGAUGCAACGCAACCCUUCGGCGUGCAAGGCGCUCGCCUCUGGCAAGGCACGACGCAGUCCACAAGUGCGCCUCGAUCCCCUAUCUCCUUCUUCUUCUUCUUAUUUCGGUCUUCUUCUCUAGUGAUGGGUUGUAGAGGGUGAAAGAGAAGCCUUUUUUUUUUUUUAUUUAUAGUUUUUUGAGACUAGAACGACGUCAUUUGGUCCCUGUUCUUUUAAAAGAACAAGGUCCAAAAUGACAUCGUUUUGGCCUUUUUAUUUUAAAAAGAAUAGGCCAAAACAAUGUCGUUUUGGAGCUUGUUCUUUUAAAAUAAAAACUAUGCCGAGGAAAAAUAGACGUACCUUUCCGGGACCUUGUUGAUUAAAUUGAAGUUUUUGAUGAUAUUUGAUGAUUUAUGUGUUUAGGACAAAUAAAUAAUCGUUAAAUUUGAUUAUAUUAUAUAAAAAUAUAUAUAUAUGUAAAUUAGGGUGCGCCUCACUGCACUAAAGUCUGCGCCUUGCGCCUCAGGCUCCAGGAGUACUUUGAGCCUUGGUGCGCCUUAAGCCUUUUAAAACUAUGCAACCACCUUAACUAACCAACCAUCCCCAAUAAACCUGAAGCCACUCUUAACCCAAACACAAACCAAAACUCUUGACCAACCUCACAGGUUUUGAGUCCCCAAAGCUCCUUCCCCUUUCCUUGAUAGGGGUCGGAGACUUGUUAUAAUUAAUCGAACACUCUAGUUUAUAAAUUUCCUUCUCGAAAUGGGAAGUCGAGGGAAUACUCCUCUUUUCAAUUGAAAUCUUGACUACAUGCUCAUUUCUUGACUCCAAUUUCUUUAGCAGUGAACUAAUCUCCUUUCCAAACCCCUUCACAGGUAACCCUAAGAAGCUGCUGAAAUUGACAAAAUUAGUGCAGAGGGCAUCCAAAACCCCCCCUCUGGGACACAAGCAAUCGCUAAGGCCUUAGGGGGCUCUACUUCCUCAGCCAUAGCCUCCUCCUCCUUACCCAAAGGGUCCUUCUCGGCAUUUUCGGAAUACUCCAGCAAACUAUUGUUUCGCAACAACAUACUUAUCGCCCAUAGGCCCCAAAGAAGAGAGAGGCCUUGGAAACCUGUUUGCCUCCAUCGCGAGAGCUUCGUUGGUGAAUGCCACACGUGAGCUCAUUGAGACCGACAUUGGCAAUGCCUCAAGCCUUACACGCCCAUCUUCGACGCAAUUGUAUGGUGCCGUCUCCUUGAAACCUACAGAGAAAGGCCUCCCUUUAGGAAGCUUUAGAGAGCCCUUCUCUCCCUCAGCCAAAACCACUAAGCAACAACCCUCCCUUUUUUCCUUUAAACACAGCCCUUCUGAUGUACAGGACUUACCUUGGGUCUAGCCUACUCUUAAAUCCUCCCCCACUUCAUUAAUAGAAAUUGAACAAGCCUCUGAAGUGUCUGGUCCACUAAGGCUUUGGACCUGAGGAGUAGCACAACCAUUGGGACAUUGGGCUCCCUUUAACCACUUACAGCCCAACCUUUUGGUCCCUAAGUCAGCCCCACUAAAGACGCCUUUAGCAUAGUGAUGUUCCAUCAAACAGGCCCCUCUUGUUUCAACCGUAUACCACACACCACUUCCUUGGACACACCCCCUCUCUGCAGCUUCUUGCAGGACAGAGAUUUGCCCCCUCUCCUGCUAGAGCAGCCUUGUCACAUGGCUGCAACACAUCACCCUCCCACUCCCACUCCCACCUUGGCACAUGGAUCACCCUCGACACCUCCCCCUACCUCCAACGUGCACGACCCACUGUUAUUGCUUCUCUACGCCACUGAAGAAAAACUGGGUGGAGCUUCCCACCACAACCGUAAGGAGAAACUGGAGUAUCCCACUACCACUUGCAACAAGCUGGGCUUAGCUCUCCCAUCAGCCCUAACCAAAAUCCUCACCCACUGGAGAUGAGACAAAAACGUAGUGUCUUCAUCCACAACAAUAAAUCCCCCACAACAGUCCCCUAUUUUCUUAAGCAACUCCCGACUCCACAGAUGCAAAGGGAGACCCAACACCCUCACUGAAACUUCCUUAGCAAACCCUCCCUUAAGCAAACACCCAACUUCAGGAGUCCACCUUACCAGAUGCAACACCUAGUCCUUGAGUCUUCUAGAUCCUCUUGCAAGCACCCUCUCUACCUCAAAGCUCUCUUCAAAGUCAAGCAAAAGCAGUGUUCCCCCAAACACUGAGAUCUUCACCCCCCUUUUUAAGGACCAAAGGUCAGUCACCACACUUUUCAGCGAAAAGAUAUCUGGAAGCAGGUCUGAAACUGCUCCCGACCACCCUACCAAAUGCCUUCUCAACUGCUCCUCCCUACUCUUCACCUCACUCUCCCCCAGCUAUAGCCAAAUGAUGUCACCCACCACACCCAGAACCGUCCUAACCACCUCUGCAUAAGUCCCACUGACAGGUCUCUCCUUUUAAAUACUUAAAAAGGGGAAACCACUUCCCUAAACUCAUCUGAGGAGAUGACUCCUAGAUUACGAAGCUUCUCUGCCAAAAUGGACCACCCCCUUGGAAGCCCCUCCCUUCAGGGAAGAUCAAUGAGAACCUCUUCAUCUCCUCAGUCACCACUGAACAAAAUGAUAACAAAUCACAUCCCAUCUAUUAAUGUUAUUUUGUUUGCAAACCUAA